GAUCUGUGGGCAGUAUUUGGGACAAGGCCACUCGAUGUCAACUGCUGUUAGACAGCCUGAAAACGGACCUCUUCUUCCUGCUUCUUUAUUAUUUUACCUCCUCCAAGCUUGUAACAAAUGCGAAACCUGUUACACACCUGUCUUUAUGAGAUGCUUAUUUGAUCCGGGGUAAGUAAAUUGCCUACGAGACUAAUUAAAACAAAGGCUGCAUGGAGCAUAGUUGUAAUGACAUCACUUUGAAAUGAAUGAGGCAGAAGAAGUAGAAUAAAAUAAGAAAGAUGGCUGUCCUGCAUCUUUUUUUUUGGGGGGGUCUGCUGUCUUUGGCCUCUUGUGUGCCACCUAUCUGGUCCCAGCCUGAGCAGGUGCACAUUUCCUAUCCAGGUGUGGAGGGUUCAAUGUUGAUCACUUGGACAACCUUUGACUACACAGAGAGUGUGGUGGAAUAUGGACUGUGGGGUGGGAAGCUCUUCAGUCGUACUGCUAAGGGAAAUUCCACUCUGUUUAUUGAUGCAGGCUCAGAGAAGCGCAAAAUGUACAUUCACAGAGUCACAGUGCCAGAACUCAGACCUGGGGCUAAAUAUGUCUACCACUGUGGUAGUGAGGAGGGCUGGAGUGGUAUUCUCUUCUUUACUGCUCUGAAUGAUAGCACAAGUUUUAGCCCUAGAUUUGCUCUCUUUGGUGACAUGGGCAAUGAAAACCCUCAAUCACUGGCCAGACUUCAGAAAGAGACACAGGCCGGGAUGUAUGAUGUCAUUCUGCACAUUGGAGACUUUGCUUAUGAUAUGCAUGAGGACAGUGGCAGGAUUGGGGAUGAGUUUAUGAGACAGAUUGAGUCCAUUGCUGCCUAUGUGCCGUAUAUGACCUCUCCUGGUAAUCAUGAGUGGGCCUACAAUUUCUCACACUACAAGAGCCGUUUCAGUAUGCCAGGGGAAACUGAGAGCCUGUGGUACAGCUGGAAUAUUGGGUCAGCACACAUCAUCUCUUUCUCUACUGAAGUCUACUUCUACCUAGAAUAUGGUCUAGGUCUCCUCUUCAAACAGUAUGAAUGGCUGCAGAAAGACCUGGAGGAAGCAAACAAACCAGAGAACAGAGCUGCAAGACCCUGGAUAAUCACCAUGGCACACAGACCCAUGUAUUGCUCCAAUGAUGAUCAAGAUGACUGCACCAAGUUUGAAAGCUAUGUACGCCAUGGACGCAGUGACAUAAAGCCGCCAGCCCCUGGCCUGGAGGACUUAUUCUAUCAGCAUGGAGUGGAUCUGGAGCUUUGGGCACAUGAACAUACCUACGAGAGACUAUGGCCUGUGUAUAAUUACAAGGUGUUUAAUGGGAGUGUUGAUAAGCCAUACGUGAAUCCUAAAGCACCUGUGCAUAUCAUUACUGGCUCAGCCGACUAGCCAUCCCAUCAAGUUCAGCAGAAGAGCAGACCAUCUGAUGCAAGAAGAAGUCUCCAAGAACCCCAACAUUUCAUCACUGGAUCUGCUAGUAAGUCCUGCAACUUACUAAGUAAGUCAAAGUGCAUGCUUCUACAAUCAGAAAGAGACUGAACAAACUUGACCUGCAUGGGAGGCCUGCCAGGAAAAAGCCUUUGCAAGACUACAGUUUGGAAUAAUGUGCUCUGGACAGACAAAUCAAAGAUAAGAGUUCUUUGGCCACAGUAACAGCAAAUAUGUUUGGCAAAGAGCAGGCAGCUUUUCAGGAGAGGCAUGUUAUACCAACUAUGAAGCACGGUGGUGGAAAUGUAAUGGUUUGGGGUUACUAUGCUGCCACACGAACUGGACAGCUUUCAUUCAUUGAUUCGACUAAGAAUUCUGCAUCAUAUCAAAGAGUGCUUGAAGAUAAUGUGAGGCCAUCUGUUUGAAAGUUUAAGCUGAACCGAAAGUGGGCUUUUCAACAGGACAAUGGUCCUAAGCACACUAGCAAAUCCACCAAGGAAUGGGUCGAAAAGAAAAAAUGGAAUGGCCUAGUCAAAGCCUGGAUUUUAAUCCCAUUGAAAUGUUGGGGGGGAUUUGAAACGGGCAGUACGAGCAAGACAACCCUCAGACAUCUUCCAACUGAAAGAAUAUUACAUGGACGAGUGGUCAAAAAUUCCAGCAAGCCUGGUGGACAAUUAUGCAAAAUGCCUACAAGAAGUUAUUUCUGCUGAAGUGGGCAAUACUAGCUUCUGAGGCCAAGGAUGUACUUAUGUUUUCCACAGAAGAAUAUCUAUUGAUGUUUCUGUUGAAUAAAUGAUUGAAAAGGCUAAUUUUCCUUGUGGCUUUGUUCAAGUGUAUCAAUUUCUUUAAUAGGUACUAUUUCAAAGAUUAUUCAAAUAUUUGCUUGUUGAAAUAUGUAAAAAAAAAAAAAAAAAAUUCCAUAGGGUGUAUUUAUCUUUUCACAAGACUAUAUAUGAAUGAGAAAAUUCAAAUAAGUAAUCUAACAAUAAUCUAACAGUCUGGUAUAUAUCGUGAAUAUAUUGCUGCUUGAAUAGUCCAAGUUAUAAUUAUCACAGUAAUCACUGCAAAUUUGGUUUAAUUUAACAAUAAUUUCCUUAUUCAGAAGUUUAUAAAAUAACACUUGAUCCAGCACAUCCUAUUAUUAUAUCCCACGGUUAAAAGUACUUCAAAAGUACAGUCAGGUCUAUAAAUAUUUGGACAUCGAUAAAGGUAUUGUUAUUUUAGCUCUCUACCACAGUAUAUUGGGGUUGAAAUUAAAUAAUGAAUAGAUUUCAGAGUGCAGACUUUCAGCUUUAAUUUGAGUGUAUGUACAUCAAAACUGGGUCAGUGGUGUAGGAACUACAACACAUUUUACAUGUGGAAAACCCCAGGGAUCCGUAGAGAAAUAAAGAACCUGGAAAGGUGGAAUAGAAUGCUAGUUAGGCGACAGUGAUUGUUUUAAUCCCUGAUAGCUGUCAUGGCAUUAAGAACUAGAUCUGGUUGAGUGGGAAAGUUCUGGACAACGAUUCUUGUAGCAUAGUGGUAUUUAUUGUAAAUGGUACAUUAUACCUCACUAUGGAACUUUGUUGGAAGAGCUCGACAUGUGUGCGUGUGUAGGUAUCCAGAGGGACAUCCUACGUCUGAUGGUUAUCCAGGGUUCAUAGAAUCACAAUUACAUAUGUAACUAGCAUUAUGUGGUGUUAGCCAGGUUCAUGGCUUAAUUGUUUGGAAAAACUAAAUGAAAAAUAACUUACCUACAAGGCAACAAACAAGAUGAAAUGGACCAUUUCUCAUCUUGUAUUUGAAUAUAAUGAAAAUCAAAGCUUGCUGUGCUUGUCAGCUGUGUACUGUUGAUGUUAGAGUAGAGUCCUUGGAGACAUGGGGUUCAACAGAUUGAUUGCUGUAGUUAGUGGACUUGGAUUUUUCCAUGUAAUUUUGGACCAUUUGUAUUGUUCCAUUAUUUAUAAAGCCUUUACACAAUGUAAAGGGCAACUGUGGGGGGAGAUAAAGUCAGACUAUAAGGUUUUCUUAUGAUGAAAUAAAGGAAAGAAAUAUUAUAAAUAUUAAUUGCACAGAAACAAAAUGUGACUGGCUUUGGCAAAACACUGUUGUUAAGGCAACUGCUGGACAAACAGAUACACACUUUCACCUCAGAGUUGUGUUCUGAUUGGCCAGGAUUAGAUUAUGUUUGAUUAGAUCCAGGCACCCGAUCCAUCAGGUUUGAUUAUAUCCAGGCUUUUUUGUUCCACAGAUGUUUUCCCUGAAUUUAUACAGCCUCAUUAUGUAUAGCCUGAAUUUUAAUAACCAUGUAAAUAUAAGGUAAUUGUUUUUAACCUAAACAUUUAAAACCCAAGAUAUUAAAUAUCUUUAGAUUUAAUAUAAAAAAAAUACAUGAGGCAUAUUGUUUUUCUUUCAGGCAACAUGAAUUCAUUUUUUUUUUUUUGUUGAAUCUGAUUUAAGUCAUCUUAAUUGCUUAAUUAUUUUUAUAGAUCUGCAUUAAGAUGACUCAAGUUGGUGAUAAGGACUUUAAAACCCUUUAAAUGAAUUCGCUUAUAUCUUUAAACUGUCACAUCAGGGAUCUGAGGCGGAUGCAAAUGCAGACUAUAAUUGAAAUGUUUAAUAAAGUAUCCAAAAAAAGCACAACACAAGACUUACAUGGAACAAAGACAAGCAUAGCACGAUGCAUGGAGACGGAACAAGCAAAGCAAGACAAUGUGCAGAAUGUGACUAUAUAUACACGCCAGUGUUAAUGAUCUAAACGUGAAACAGGUGAAUUGAGACAUGUAACAUGGUGCAGUGGUUGAUGGGAAAUGUAGUUUCUAGUCGUUCUCCAAUAUUACUUGACAUAAACCUUAAAAUAAAUAUCUACUAGGAAUUUGAUCAUUUAAGAACAAAAAAAAAUCCCUGUUCUGCUCAAUGUUGACUGAGUUUUUUGUUAUUUUGAUUUCAUGUGAUGAGCCAAAUAAAUAACAAGCCAAGCAUCAAAAUGAUACAGUCCAUAUAUUUGAAAGGCUCUGAAAAAAGAUAAUUAAAUUAAAAGAAUGUCAAAUACUAGAUAUCUCAGGAGACUACCAAGGACAGUAAGGCCAAUGUUUCUGUCUUUCUUAGGGGUGUCGAGAAAAACACGAUGGGUUUAUCCCCAAGCCUCGAGACUGGAGUGCCUUCAGAAGUACUGAUUAUGGCUA